UUUUUUCUUUCUUUUCUUUUAUGUGUUUGGUCCUUUUGAACUCGAAGCCUAACCGCCCAACACGUUGAUAAUCAUUUAUGGUAAGUCCUUGGUGAUCAAGAAAAACUUUUGAGUAAAUAUUCUAUUAUCUAUUUUUCUUUUACCCUAAAACAAAAAAAAAUUGGAGAAUACACUAUUUUUUAAAUUUCUUCUCUCUGAGGAAAGCUCUUCUUGAGUCGCACAUAAUUCGAUCCAGACGCAGUGUUGUGUACUAGUCUUUGAGAGAAAGAUGAACGCUGUUGCUAAAACAGCAAUUUUCAGACCGCAAAAGUAUUUUUCUCUCUUGAAUAUUGCGUUUUUUCAUUCCACUUCUGUCUUGGAACGCAAACGUGGUUCCUCACCUUCUAGUUCCGUGGGUAUAUCUAGAAUAAUUGAUAUGUAUCAAUAUUUCAACAGUUUAUUUUAGGUUUUUGAGAAAAAAAAGGAUGUGUUUUCUCUACGUUUUAGAUAGAUUUUUAACAGGUGUUCCUGAAUAUACAGCUUCUGAAUUCUGAUUAUUAUUUUGUGUGUGUUUUUAAAAACUUUUCAAGCAGAAAUCAAAGGCUAAGAAGAACAAGAGAUCAAAAAAGUUUUUGAGGGAGCAUCAAGGAAAAGUAUGUUUUGGUGAUUAAUUGAUAUGCAUCUAUGUCUACUUCUUCUUGAUUUUUGAGAUAGUGUUUUAGAAAAGUACUGCUGCUUAAUUUUUUUUGGCAGAAAUCAAAUGUUAAGAAGUUGUUGAGGGAGCAUCAAGAAAAAGUACAUCGUGCUGUGGAAGAACUUAGACGUGAAAGAGAAGAGGUAAAUGAGACUUAUAACUUACCAAAACACAAACAAAACGUUUUAGCUCUAGUGUAUAAUGUCUCUUGUCCAUGAGUUAACUGUUUUUAACGCUCUUGGUGUAAUUACACAUUAAUUAGGCCGCUGCUAAAAAGGCAAAAGAAAACCUGAAUACACGUGAAAGUAGGUGGUUGUCCCUUUUAAAAAUAUAUCACAAGUUGUAGCUUUGUUGAAUCACAAGGUGCAAUUACAUACAAAAUUCGUAUUAAGAAACAUGUGUUACAUUUUGAAGGUCAAUUUGAUUGCGAGGAUAAAGACUUUGAUAUUGUAUUCCAAUCUUUAUUUGGUGUACGCCCCCGAGGUUUCGAUUAUUUAAUCUAUGCAGCGGCGGAUCAUCUUUGGUGGUAUCACCCUUCAUGGUAUUCUGGUUUCUGUAUGACCUCGUGGAUAUCAACACGUAGACAUUAUAACAACGAAGAAGAGGUAGUAGAAGAAGUAGAAGAAGAGGAAGAACUAAAUUACGAAGAUAAAGAACUAUAUGAAGAUCUAGAACAAUAUGAAGAUGAAGAACUAGACGAAGAUGAAGAUGAAGAAGAAGAAGAAAGUUACAGAUCUAGGAACUCGUGGAGAUCAAACUUUCAAUUUGGUUCAGUACUAUCUGACCCAAUAGAAGCUUCUCAUAGAGAAACACUUGGUCUGAGUCCUUGGGCUCCUUUAACACUUGAAGAUGUCAAACAUGCGUAUCGAGCUUGUGCAUUAAAAUGGCAUCCUGAUCAUCAUGAUGACUCUACCAAGGCUGAGGCUGAAGCUAAGUUCAAAUUCUGCAAUGUGGCUUAUGAAUCUUUAAUCAAAAUGCUACAGUAAACUAAGACGCAGCAUGG